AUGGUACAGGUUCUAUCGCUUUUGUCUUUCCCCUUGCUGAUAUUUCUGUUAGUUGAGGAGUUGAUGGGUGAACCUGUCAGGGAUUAUAGCAAGAGCCGCUAUGUCCCAUUGAUUCAUCUUCCAAUGACGAUUGCCUUCGUGUUGGUGGAUGUUGUCAUGAUAAUAAUAUUACUGAUCGGAGCACACAAGCUUUUGUUGGUAAUAUUGACAUCUGCGCUUUCUAUAUACAUGUCAUACAUCAGAAACUCCCAGAAGGAUAAUGAGGACAUCUACGAGCUGCCAAAUCUAGUUGUGAACAUCACAGAACUUGUACUGGAGUUUGUCAUAACUAUAGUGCUUAUUGUCGCCUUACAUAGGAAACAUCUGCUUUUAAUGAAAUGUUAUAUGUACUUGAAAAUAGUGUUCCUUGUCAUCGGUUUCAUAUACAGCAUCGCGGUGCUCAUCAGGGAAAUUGGCGACGAACUAUUCUUAAUACUCUUCGAAUUAAUAAUCAAUAUCUAUAUGAUUUUAAUAAUCUGGAGUAUGAUCAAGAAAACGGAAAGAGAUGACACCGUCACAUACACGAGAGAAGCCUGA